GAAGAAGAAAUCUGUGGAGAGCAGCAUGAUGGGAUAUGAAAGUCCUCCGGCGGCGCGCUGCCGCCAUGUCACCUAGAGAGAAACAUUUAGCGCUUCUCUCUGCUUUGGGCUUAGUAAGUUUCGCUCUUUAUUACAGUCCUACUUUUCUUUACGCGACUUUAAUUCUUGCAGUUUGUUGUAUUGUGUGUUACUUUCACUUCGGAGAACCGCUUCCCGCCAGGUUAGGCCUGAAUCCGCGCGCUGGGCUGAACGUCCCGGCCGUGCUGCGGCGUUGGUUUGGCGGUUGGGGGGUGACCGGCGUACCGGUGGCCGCACGGGGUAAAGUGAAGAGCGGCAGAAACAAACCCGAGCUCCGGAACUCAGAGGGGAGCUUUAGAGAAACAGGGAUUUAUCGGAGGGAACAUUUGUCGUCUGAGUCGUUUCUGUUCAGCCCCCGGGAUUUCCUCAUGGGGAGCUACAUCGGGAAACCCGAGAGUCCACCGACCGCUCCGAUCGGGAGGCCGAGAGGAGCGAGAAACCCCCGAGAACAACUGCGGGAAAACCUGUCCAGACCCAACCAUGCUGUCUAUUCUCCCAACAGGAGGCUGUCAUUUACCGGGUACGUCCACAAACAAAUCCCGCUUCUAUAAACAAAUCCUGACCGUCUGUGGGAGAUCCAAGUCCAGUUAGUUGGCGGGUUUUAGUGAUGGACUCUUCAGUCUUUGGAGGCAGCUUUGUUGGUAUAAUCAGACUAAAGAUCCUCCUUUCAUAUUUGUGAAUGAAGUAGACAGGAAAAGGGCUUAUAAUAUUAUCACUGAUCAGAGUAAAUGUGUUACCCAAACAGGAGGACAGAAAUGAAACCAAUGACUAAUUUCAGCUUUUGUUAUUUAACCUUAAUUCAACUAAAAAAAAAUCUAACCGUUUAAUAUUUCUUCUCAGAAACAGCCUAACCUUAGAACACUAUCACAAAAAUUAGUAACACCAUCAUCACUAUCGCAGGGUGAUUUUUACCUGAAAUAAUAUACCCGAGAAAAAGUACUUGUCAAAAUAGGACAAUUCAUGACAAAUUAAAGUAGUUUUCUUUUAUUUUUUUACUGUGCAAUGUCCAAAGGGAGGGAAAAAGUGUCAUUAGGGGACCAUAUAAAAAUGCAACAAAAUAACUGAAAUUAGGCAUUCAUGAACAAAAAAUAAAGAUAGCGUGCAAAAUCCAGGACCGCUCUGACUGACCUUAUUCGCCUACAUGUAGCUAUCAAAUCUACCCAAACCUACUUUACCCUCUAUCACUAUCCCAAACACGUGUCUGUAAGAAAAAGUGGAUUUUGGAUCAGGGAAACAAAUAUGCCUUCAAAGAUGUCAAAGGAAAUGCUGAAGCUACAUUUUGCACACAUGUGUAAUAAUAAAUCUCUCUAAGGGCUUCAGAAAAAACUGGCAUGGUGUUAUAACCAAACACACACAGUUUGAAACAAACAAAAAAAAAAACAACAACCUGGCUUGACUCAUAGCACAUUAUUCAGUAAUUAGGUCAGCCUGCCUCCCCAGUGAAAGCUGUAGGGAAAACAUCCACGUGUAUCUUUGUUUUCUCUGAUUUAAUAGCAGAUUCAGAGAACAUCAGUUGACUGACGGAAAAGGUUAAUUAGGCAAAAUAAGCAUUCAUAUCUUUUAGAUACAUUGAGCUUUCCUGGCUGGUUCAACUGGUGUGGCAAAAAAAAAAAAACUUAACAGUCCAUUUUAUAGAAAUCUUGGCUGAUACUGAUAAAUGAUUUCUACACCUGAUCAUCAAUACAUGUGUCUUUAAGAAUGCAAAACUAUCACUGAAUAUAAAACCAGUUCCUUUUUAUUUAGACAUAGUAUCUCAAAGCUUCAACUGCAUCUCCAACUUUGUUUCAGAAUGCAAAUAACAUUUUUUGACGACUGCGUCACGCUGUUUUUUCUUCUACCAGGGAGCCUUUGGGCACAGUGAGCAGAUUCACUAUCACCCCCCAGCGUCACUACCCCCUGCAGCAGCCAGGUGUUUCACCAGUGGGAGUCUUGCCUCCUGUCAGGUGGGAUGGCUUCAGGAAGAAAAACAUCCUCAGUCCACGCAACUCACCGGCUGUCCUCAGUCCCGUCACUGUGAAGAUCGCCAGGCCCGACCACCACAGCACAUUAAGGUCUUCAUCGCUGUGAUUUAUACAAGUCAAAAAUGAACAUCAUACAAGUUGCAUCACUGUGUAUCAUGGAUGUGUAUCAAUGUCCAUUGAAUUUCAUCAACAACUGUUUGAUCAAUUUGAUCAUAGAUGAGAGUUUUUUACUGAAUAUUAUCGAAGCUUCUCUGAUAUUUCAUCGUGAGUGUGCAUUCAAGCCUAAAUUUGUGGUUUUGUUCCUCAGUUUGAGUAUUAAAACUAUAACACACGCUGUGUUCUCAUUUCUUUUGGUCAUAGUUUGGACCACCAUACUUGUGCAGGACACCCCAGGACCCCAGCAGACCCCUGCUCCAGAGAAAGUGUCCUCAAGGUGUUGAAAGAAAGUCGUAAGAGGGACGUGGAAGAUGAGGAGAGAAGCUUUACGUCGGAGCAGAGAAGCAAAAGGAGGUACUGGAGGGACCAUGACAGAUGACACAAAGAUAAAAAAAAGAUGCAGCCUCACAGUCUAAAACAAGCUGACUUAAAGAAUGAGUUUAGCACUGCUCCCAAAUACUGCUGUAAUAAGGAGUCUGAUAAAGCAGGAAAUGCAGAGACACAAACAAAGCAGCAUUUGUGUUUUGCUAUGAAUGAAAUGUAACUGUAUGCAAACAGAGUGCAUCACAUGCUCAUUUCUCAUCUGUAUCUUUGUGUCAGAUUUUAGACAUCAUACACUUCAGACACUUGAACUUUCUGACAAAAUUCUGUUAAUUUGUCGACAACUUAUAAUAAAUAUCUGACAAAAUGGCUUUUGAACAUUUUUGCAGCUUGUCUGUUCAGAAUCAAAAAGGAAACAUCCUCAUUUAAAGUAUUAUGAGCCACUCAGAUGUUGGUUUAUUCACAGUUUGUUAAAAUGCUGCUCAUGUUGAUGAUUCUCUUUCAUUACUUCAGGCGUAAUGACAGCGGUGGAAGCGCUCACUCUGCGUUUGGGCCUCUUUUGCCCAAUGGAGCACCUUCACAGCUCGUCCCAAAGUGAGUUUAACUUCACGUACUAUCAGGUCUUGUCUUUAAAUUAACUGUCUUCAUCUGACCAAGCCCCCAGCGCUCUGUAGAGUAUAUUAAGACUGUCUAGUUGUUAAUGCUUUCCCUUUUCUCCUCCAGGCCAGGAAGCCUGAAAAGAGGGAUGGUCUCGCUGGCAGAGGAGUCCAUCAUGAAGAGGUCUCGCACUUCCUCCAUCAGCUCUGGCAGUGGAGUCCAUGCCCCCAGAGGAACCCCAGGAACCAGAAGGAACCCGAUACACAGCUCUUACAGCUCUUCACUCGGCCUCAGCCAGGUACCACUUUUUUAAGCGCAGUACAUUGCUCACAGAGGCGUAGAGUCAGAGUGGAGCUUAACCUCUCUUUGUUGAUCUCUGCAGUGGAAAAAACGAUCUGCACCCAGUUCUCCUCUGUCCAGCCCUGGAUCAUCGCGCUGUCAGACUCCAGAGGGCGUAUCCAAAAGGCCAAGGUAUGCCUCAGCUGGAGUUUAGCAGGUCAUCCAUAUUUCAGUGUAAUGUAGAUUGUAACUUAUGGUUUUAUUUCAGAGAGGACGAGGGACAGUCUCCCAGCUCAGCCUCCUCUGUGAGGUCGGACCACACAGCUUCAGACAAGGCUCCUGUUACUUGUAAGUCUCUUGUAUCCACAGUAUGAAGACAGACAGGAGCGUAAAUGUGAUUUCUUGUUUUUUUUUGUUCAGUUAGAUCUUAAUAUUUCAUGAUCAUGUUUCAGCCAAACAGACCCCAGCCCCCAGGAUCCCAAUUGCAGGAUCCGCCUCAGCAGACUCAACUAGUAGUGGCGGGAAGAGAAAACGGAAGAUCCAGCUUGUGUCCAGCAAACGGGACGAUCAGAUCUCUCUGGUAAGGAGUGCUGCAUGGUCAGACUUGAUGCUCUCUGAAAUCCUUGUUUCUAUAAUAGUGCUCCAGUGACCCAGGUUUCUCUCUGUUACUCUGUUUACAGCCCCCGCCUCCAGAGCUGGGCUACACUAUCACUGUGAAAGACCUGGACGAGGAGAAAAAGGCUGCCAUCAGCAAAAUCCAGAAGGUCCUGGAGACACCUGGUGAGUAGAAUAAUAUCACUGAAAUAAACCAUUUGUAUUUGGCAAUGUUAAGGCUCUUUCUCUUCUUACUGGUGUGUCUGGACUAUAAAGCUUGACCUCUGUCACGCUGCUGCUGUCGCCCAGUUAAGCCUCCAGCUAAACCCUCCUGUUGAUUUCUCCUUGUUUAGCACCUGAGCCAGAGAAGUCAGUCUCCUCCCCAGCCACCACUUCAACCCAGCCUGCCCCCUCUGCCACCUCCACCAACACCACCACCCUGAGCAGCCUCCUGGCAGCUCCUCUGCCCACUGUCUCGAGCGCUUCCAUCCCAGUUAUUAACCUGGACCCCAGUCCCAGCAGCAGCAGCAGCAGUGCGGCCACGGCAGCUGCAGCCCCCAACCCUCUACUGGAAGCUCUGAAAAAGAGCAUCUCUCCUGUUCCCGUUAGCUCCACACCUGUUACCAUUUCUACAUCAGGUAUGAUCAUUGCACUGACGUGUUUGGACCGCCCAGUUUUUAAUUCGUUUUUGGGAAAAUCAGAUUAAUCAUGAUUUCAACCUAUUAUAUUGAGGCAGGGCUUGACAGUGCGACUGUUUCACUCGCAUUUGUGACUAAAAAUAGAUGUGUGCGAAUUGUCAAAUGUAUUUAGGGGCAGAUGUGCGCAUAAAAAAAAUCAGCUGAGGCAACAAAUGUUUUUUUCAUGUAAAUACUGCGGCGAAGUUAGUUUUAGGUUGGAAAUUCAACGGACAUGCACCGCUGAUCUACCGGUGUCUUCUCACUCUCAAUAACCGGGAAUCGCAACAGCAGCGUGGUUAAACCUACUCAGCACCCUCGCUGUCAACGUUGGGUGUUGAAUAAGGGACCAUCAAUAAAUUACCUGUCGAUGCUUCCAUGUCAUGUGACCAAUUGACCUAAAAUUGAUUUCAAAUAAUAGCACUAAGGUUGGACAAUAAGACACACCUCUUUAUUUCCCUAAUUUGUCUUCUUAAAAAUUUUGUCUUAAAUUUAGUGACAAAUUUUGAACAUUUUCUUCAAUAGCUUCCAUGUCAUGUGACCAAUUGACCUAAAUUUGAUUUCAAAUAAUUGUACUUAGGAGCACAUGUGAUCCUUCUGAAAUAAGUUAGUGUCAAGCCCUGUGAAGGAUUUUUCUUUGUGUACAAUAAAACCAGAAUAUUUACAAUCCAAUACACAUGCAACAAAGUGUAACAGUACCAUAAAAAUUCUCGUUAUUUUAAAUUGCUCUAUUUUUUUGUCUCUGGCCUUAUCACUGACUACUUCAUUCCUUGUUCUCUCUAUAGUGUCCGCAUCAACCACACCGGCACAACCAAGUGGCCUAACCAUAAAAGUUUCAACUGCAGUGGAUUCUCCUCAAAUCCCUCCCGCCUCACAGUCUCAGUCCUCCCUUGCUGUUGGGGAUCAGCACUCUGCCUUCAUGCAGGUGCUGAGUCAAGUCUCAAAAGCCCCCAGCAGCAGCACUCCACCUUUAACAGGUACAGGUCUGUUUGGACUGACGAGCCAAAACAGCACAACAUCUUCAUCCUCUGCCUCCAACCCUGUUACUGCCACUGCUGCUACCCCAGCCAGCAGCACCCAGUCUGUUAGCAACACCAACCCUCUGCUGGCUACAGGGUUCAAGCCCAUCUUUACGGACACCACCACUUCCUCCGGGACACCGACCCCAGAGAGCAAACCCGCUGUCCAGAGCUUCAAACCCAUCUUUGGAGCAGCCACAGAGGGAUCUGGCUUUGGACAGCCUUCAUCUACCACAGCCACCAACCCAGCCUCGACAGUUUCUUCAGCUAGUACACCCUCAAUGUUUAGAUCAACAAACACCACCACGGUCACCCCAUCUGUUUUUCCUGGCAUGACAAACACCCUCACUGGCACAGCCUCCACUGGCUCCAUCAACGUCACACAGCCAGUAGCCCAGCCGACUGUGAAAUUUCUCAGUGGAGACUGGUCGGCACCAUCCACCACAAGUACCAGCUCAGCUCCAGCACAGGCUUCAAACACAGGGAGCUCAUUUCAGUUUGGAACUGUCCCCACAACAACUGCAGCUGCACCUCCUGCUGCUCCUGCUCCUGCUGCUGCUACUACAGCCUCCAGCAACAGCACGUUCGCAUUUGGUGCCACACAGCCCGAUCCCCAAGCUGCCAGCCAAAAUGUCUUCACUUUUGGUCAAGCAGCACCAACACAGAGCACGACCGCUUCAUUUGGAGGCUUCGCCAUGGCCAACACCGCCUCCACCACAGCCGCUGCACCUGCUGCCACCACCCAGUCCACCUUCACCUUUGGGAAGUCAUCGUUCCCGGCUCCUCCUGCAGCUACUGCAGCAGCAGCACCGCCAGCCUUUGGUUCCUCUGCAGCGGCCCCUAAACCAUUCACCUUCGGCAGCAGCGCAGCAUCAUCCGCUCCCGCCGCUAACCCUGCCCCGCCGCCCCCUUUCCCUUUCGGCUCAGCUACUGUCACCUCAGCACCCAGCUUUGGGACCCCGGCUCAACCAGCCUUUGGAAGCAGCACCACUGGUUUUUCUUUUGGCAGCACCACCGCUCCCUCUGCUGCACCCUCAGCCGCACCAAGUUUCGGUGCGGUGACACAGACUCAGAGCGCCCCCACUGCCACCUUUACGUUUGGCAGCGCUGCUCCUCAGCCGGCUCCUCCUGGCCCUGCUCAGUCGGCUCCCAGUGGGUUUAACUUCGGUGCUGGUAUGCAAUGCCCUCAGUUUGGAACACCAGUAGCCAAUAAUCCUGCACCGCAGAUGGGGGGCUUCAACUUUGGGGCAGCGGCUACUGACAAACCAGCGUUUGGUAAGGACAAAAGAUCAUUGAAGAUGUAUUUUUACUGAUAGAUACAUCAUUGAAAUCUCUGAAGGAGUCAUCAACACUGUUUUUGCUCUCUCAGUCAUUCAUCCUCAAACACUUUUGACUAAAACAACAUUAAACUUGAGCAACUGCCAUUGAAAGUCAAAAGAAUUAAUUGAAUAAUUAAUUGCUGUUAUUUGAGUUUGAUGAAAUUUCGUGCUGCACUUUCUGCAGGAACAUCCACCCCAGCCUUCGGCCAGGGUGCUGCAGGUCCAAAUCCCUUUGGAAGUCCAGGAACUCCAGUUCAAGGCUUCAACGCCGUUCCAUUUGGUAAGUCACCAAUGCAAGUUCAAGAGUUUCAACAAGUGUAAGAUGUUGACGGGAAUCCAUGGCAUUCCUAUGAAGAGCUGUGGACGACAUUACACCUUCCCACUUCCGUUUUUUUUUCCCUCCGGUUAUAUUCCAAAUAAACUCACCGACCAAACAACUUUAAAUGUUAUUGUUCAGUAGACCAGUUUUUUUAAAAGUAACCGCAGAAAUGUGGAGCUGCAGUUCCCAGAAAUAAGAGCGAUCUCUCUGCUAACAUUCAGCCAAUACAACUCUACAGCCUCUGAAAAAUGUCCAUGAGUUGAAAUAAAGCAAACAAAACACAGGAUCUUGAUUUUGUCAAUCCAUGAACUUUGGCCCUUUAUCUCAGAAUUACCUGACUACAGCAACAACAGGACAGGAGUGACCUUUACAACUAAGAAAAGUAGCAGUUGCUCUGUUUUAAUCAGUGUUUCAUGCACUCUCAUAUCUUUGUUACCAAGAGCUAAGAAAGAAAUGCAAAGGUUCAAAGAGCCAUACAGGACGCGAUAUCUUUUUUUAUUUUUUUUUAUUUUUUUUGUCGGGGGGUAGGGGAAAGUCCCACCUCCUUCGCCUCUGAUUGGCUAGAAAAGAUGGAAACGUCAUCACACGUUCAAGCUAAACGCGGGUUGUCGGCUCUCUCAUCGAACAGAACGUUACAGAACAUUAUCGCACUUUUGAAUCUCCUAACCCUAACCCGACAAAUGAUGUUUCACAGCCAUUAGGAAUAACCAAUCUGAGCCCAGCACUUGUAGCCAAUCAGAGGCAAAGGAGGGCGGGACCUUCCCCUACCAUCCCACACAAAAAAAUUGCAUACAGAACAUACUGUAGGUUAUUAUUGCAUGCAUUGCAUGUUGUUGCUCACAUUUUUUCUGUGUUUUAUCAUCAGGGUCUCCAGCGACUCCCUCUUUCUCUAUUGGAGCAGGAUCCAAACCAUCAGGAGCACGCCAGAGGCUGCAGGCAAGGAGGCAACACAACAGGAAGAAAUAAACUACCCAAUGUGUCCAGUUCAGCUGUCAGAGGACUUCAGCUGUUGCUGCUGUUGCUGCUAUGGUUCAUCUGGCUAACAUUGCUCUGUUCUAAGCCCACCAUCCCCCCAACCAGGCUGCCACCAUGCCCUCUGCUUUUUCGCCCUGCUCCAGUGGGCUGUGCUGGCCGGCCCGAAACAAUGUGUUUGCAGAGGAGUCAGAAAGAGCAUAUACCGGCUCGCUGAGUUAAUGCUGCCCGGUCGUCUACAUGACCAAGAGAGGGAAUGUAGCAGCGCGGAGACAGAGUCCAUAACAAUGUACUAUACUUGAAGAAAGACAAAAGACAGAUGAGAAGUCAAAUUCUGAACAAAAGCAUAUCCGAAGUUCAUUUUUCCUUUAUCGUAUGUGGACACUCCCAUUGGUUUGUCUUAAAGAGAGAGUUGAGUCAGGCAGAGACAUGGAGCCUUGGCUCAAACUUUUAUUUUUUUACGUGAAUUGCUCACUGGUGUGUAUGUUACCGAGUAUUUGAGUACAUUAUCUGAAUGAGUCUGAAUAGAGCAGAAUGCACAGCUGCAGUGUACAUGUAAAGUUAUGAGAUGUUUGCAUUUAAAAUUAUUUUUUUAAUUGGCUCUCUGACCCUGUAAAUGAAUGAUGUGUUUCUGCAUUGCAAAGGCAACAUGUCUUAAUGUAGAUAGUGCAGAUCCUUGUGUUCUUGUUUCAUACUCUUUGUCAUUACAAGCAUUCCCAGAAGUCCUCCUGUGGAUGGCCUUUUUUGAUAGCGAUUGCCAACACUGAUACAGUUAGCAUGUCAGUAAACCAGUAAGGAUGACUACUCUUGUCAUGUGCUGACAAACCAAAGCAAAAUCUUCAGCUUCAUGCCUGUGAAAACAAUCUGUGAUCUCUAACCUUUAAACCUGAGAUGUGUUUGUUUGUGCCGGACUACCUCUCCUUACUCUUGGCACUGAAUCCAUGUGAAUUCACUGAAAAACUUUGGUUCGGUUUAACUCUCAACUGCUGUUUAUACAGAGAAUAAAAAGUGAGUUUUAAAACAUCUGUACAUCAACACAUUAGUCCAGCUUCUGAAUAAUAAUAAUCGAUAACAACAUAGAGACAUAACAUCAGAUUUGCCAAAACACACUCUGUUACAGUGGAAAACCUUGUCUUAGAAAGUUCUCAAUUUAAUGCAGGGAUCAAAAUUUGCGCUGAUGUCUUUUCCGUUCAUAUUUGUGGGGUUUUCUUUAACAGAAGUUAAAGUGAACCCACUGAUGUCAGCAGUUAUGAUUUGUUUUUUAACGGUAAUGGUUACUUCUUGUGAAAAGUAAGUCAUAAGAUUCAGUUGCUGAUGAUUAAUUUUGGAGAAAUAAACAGAAAUUUGGACGAGGACUUCCCAACAACAACAAAAAUUAGAGCACCGGUUUGACUUUUUUCUCCCAUCCAGCCACACCGCUGACAGAUUUUUUAGUAUCUGGUUUAUCGUUGACAUAGUUUGACUUUACAGUAAUUGUUUCCAGCCUGAAAUGGUAAAGCACGUUAAUUUCCAUAGCUGGUUACUUUUGCUAAUAAGAUUGUCUUACCAAAUAUUCAUCAGCUUUUAUUUAGAUCUUUUGCAGUUUUUGCUUUUUUAUUUGCGUUUUCAUUGAACAGGAAGCGGAAUAGUGCUCACCAAGCACAUCAGUACACUCUGUUUCUUUACAGCAUGUAAACACAUUUUUCCCAAGUGCUGAGAAUGAGUAAGAAGUCUGGAUUUAAGGAACAUCUCAUGUCAUUAUUCUCUCCUUUGUGAUCUUUCUGUGUAUCUGUCCUUUAAUUUAUUCUUGUUUUGCUCUUCGGGUUUUUUUGUUUAAAAACCCGUUGAGUAAGUAGAUUAAGCAUCAGUUUUAAUAAAUCUGUUUUCAAAAUAGGA